AUGACAUCUCGAAAUGUUGUGAAGAAGGUGCUGUCUAUUGACACUCCUGAGGGUGCUGGAGCACGCGUGCGACGGUCCAUUGGAAGCGCGAGCUUGCGCAAUUUGACGCCUUUCCUGUUGCUGGAUCACUUCCACAUCACUGAGGGUGCCGGGUUUCCCGACCAUCCCCAUCGUGGUCAGGCAACCGUAACGUAUAUGCUGGAAGGAUCAAGUCGCCAUGAGAUUCCGCAGGACAUUCUGGGACCAUCGAGGCCGGCGGUGUCCAAUGGAUGUGUGCCGUCAGUGAACAGCACUUAUUUUGUAUUCAUCGUGAAUCUUAACUGUCCCGUCAUACAGGGAAAGGGGAUCAUUCACGCGGAGAUGCCCGUGCAUGGAAAGAACGUCCCUGAGCCUCGAGGAUUGCAGCUUUGGGUGGACCUACCAAAGAACGUCAAGAUGACGGAACCGAGCUAUCAAGAACUGGACCCUGAGAAUCCCAUUGCGUAUCCUGAAGGCAAAGAUGGCAACAUCAGCAUCAAAGUCAUUAGUGGAAAGAGCCAUGGCGUUGAGUCACCUGUGCGACCACUUGGCGGGUGCUGGUACUUCCACGUGAUGAUGAAGAACGGCGCAACCAUGUUCCAGGAUAUUCCUGCUGGUUGGACAGCAUUCGUCUAUAUUUUAAAGGGUGCAGUGAGCGUCGGUGAAAGCGGUCCUGUCCAUGAUGCUUUCCACACUCUCGUUCUUUCCAACGCAGACGGUGAGACUGGUGUGCGAUUAACAGCUGCAACCGAGGAUACUUCGUUUGUCUUGAUCGCUGGGGAGCCUCUCGAUCAGACUGUUUUCCAGUACGGUCCUUUCGUUAUGACGAACCAGGAGGAAAUACAGAGGACACUGAUGGACUACCGAACGGGUCGUAACGGAUUCGAGAAAGCACACACGUGGAAGAGUAAGAUUGGGAAUAUGUGA